AUGGCUGGUAAAUCAAUAAAUCUCAGAGAAAAGUACUUCUGGCGGAAGCCAGAGGGGCGUGGCCUAGAGGCGCGAGAGAGCGUCAGACCGGAAGCGCCUCUCUCUGACGCGAGAGAAGGCGAGUGGGCGGCCGAGCUGGGACGGCGGCCUUCAUUCAGGCCGGAAGCCUCUGGUGGUCGGUUGCCUCUAGCGGCGGGCCUUGAGGCCCUCCUUCCGGCUGAAGCCUGGCGAUCAGUGCGCACCGCCGCCGUGGAGACUAUGUGGGCGGUUGUCCCCGCCGUGGCCCUGCCGCCGGCGCCUUUUCCCCUCCUCUUCCAGCCGGCGGCGCCUUUUCCCCGGACCUUCCGGCCGCUAGAGCCUCCUCCCAAGCCCACCCGCCCGGCGGCGCCUUCUCCCGAGCCCGCCCAGCCGCGCUGCCUGAGCUACGCCAACUACGACGAGCCCCGCUACAGCCGCCUCCUGGUGGUGCUGAAGGGCAAGUACCGCUUCCCGGCCCGGCACUUCGCCUCCUUCGGCGGCAUCGAGGAGGUCUGGAGCGUGUUGAGUGGCAACCUCUGCCACCCCAGGAGGAACCCCCGCGGCCCGGUCUUCGUCAAGUACGCGCGCACUUCCCAGGCCUUGCGCGCCCUCGAGGACUCCGCCCACGUCACCGCCGUCGCCCAGAUAUAUUUGGCACAAAACAGAGUUCCUGGAAGUCGGCAUGAACUGGAUGUGGAUCUUCGGAAAUUAACUGUAAUACAUGUCACAAUCCCAAGGAUUUUUACUAAAAAUGUCUUGGAGAACACAUUUAAGGUUUAUGGAGCCAUUGUUUCAUGUUCCAUCAUAAAGAACAAAGUUGGAGAAUCUACAGAUUCGGCAUUCAUAAGAUUUUUAAAGGCAUCCGAAGCUGCUUUGGCCAUAGAGGAGUGUGACAAAAGUUUUCAAGCUGUUUGGGCUGCGGACAAUCCCGAUCUCCCUAUACCCCCUGAUCUCAAAUUUGGUGUGUUUGGUGCCCAGCAGGGGAUAACAAAACAUGAAAUCCAAGGAGCUACCUUAAAUACUAUGUGUAAAAACACCAGUCUGGCUAACGAGCCAAGUAAAGUAUCUGAAUCCAAAUCUCCUGUGAACAAUCCCAAAGAGAAAACAACAUGCAAAGAAGUACAAGAAAGCAGCGUGGAUACUUUGGGUAAAAGCACCAGUGAGGCUAAUGUUGUUACAGAGCCCAGUAAAUUAUCUACAUCCAAAUGUGAUGUAAACAAUUCUACACCCAAAACAACAAACAAUGAAAUAGAAAAGAGCAGCGUGAAUACUUCUGGUAAAUGUACCAAACCGGAACAGCAAACUACUUCAUCUUCCAUGAUCUGCACUGAAAAGAAAACAAUAAGUUCUGAAAUGCAAUGGAGCAACUUGAUCCCUGUAGUUUCUAGGACCACUUCAAAUGUGCCUGUGACCAGGACUGAAUCUGAACCUGGUCAUGCAGUACAGAAUGCCAUCACCUGCAGAAUUACGGGGAGCAAUUUGAUUGUUUCAGGCAGCUCCUCCAGAAGUAACUUUGAACAAAAAGGAAGCAGACCCUGUAGAAGCAACUUAAUCACUUUAUCUUCAGCUGACAACACCACUUCAUCUGAACCUGCAACCAAGGCAUUCAACUCUAGUGUAAACUACUGGGUAAAUCGCACAGAAAAAAAGAAAAACUUCACCAGUGCAACGGAAAGCAACUUGAUUACAUUAGGUAUCCAGUCUAGCUUGGGUACCCAGCAUUGCCCAGAUUAUAGGUUCAGUGCGGUUCAACAAGUUUUUAACCCACCAGAACACCAUGGAUAUGCAUAUUAUGCAGAUGGUACAAAUUACAGUGCUGCUUUGUCUGAACCUUCAAUGCAGCCACCUGGAACCAAUUUGGACUACUAUUAUAUAAGUGGUGUGGAACAGCAGACAGAUAACCACAGUGUGAAAGAGAGCAACUUGAUGUCUUCAGGUUACAGCACCCUUUUGCCUGUAUCUGUGACUCAACCACUUGAACCCAUUGUCUGCCCCAUUUAUGAGAGUGCUGCGGAACCAGAAGUAAAGGUUGCUGAAGUACAACAGGAUACUGUGCUCACAACAGAAAAGUCCCUGAAAUCAUCUGAAUGGAAGUUCUACAUGGGUGGUGCACGUCGUAAAAAAGGGAGCCGAGGGAACAGCUUGCUUACUUCAGUGGACCCACCAGACCUUGCAAGUGUGAAAAGGAGUAAUUCCAGAAAACAAGAAUCAAUCUCUAGACAUUUGUUAAUGGUAUCGGAAUUCCCAUUGACUCAAGAGCAAAUAUUUGGCUUGUUUGAUGUCAUCCCAGGAUUGGAAUCUUGUGAAGCUCGUCCAGGUCUUCGUAGUACACGUGUAUAUGCAAUGAUUCAGUACAGACAUGUUGCAUCUGCUGUGUAUGCCAAGCGCAGACUACAUGGUUUAGAACAUCCUCUUGGGAAUCAGCUGCAUAUUACUUACAUUGAAGACAAUAUGCAUGGAAUUGAACUCCUCCAAGAAAUGGCAACACAGCUGGUGACUUCACAACUGGCUUCGUUGAUAUGGGAUAAUAAUUGGGCUCCUCAUCUUCUGAGGUCCGCUGAGUCUUGGAUUCCUCCCCCUUGUAUCCAAACAGAUGCUGUGCUUCCAUCAUACAAAAGGAAAGCUCCCCCGGACUCUUCUAUACGGGAAAGGCUUUUAAUCAUCUUUGAUCCCCGUCCUUUGCCUCAAAAUAUCUUGGACAAUUUAUUAAGCCGGUUUGAAAAUUUUAUAGCCAGUUGCCUUAUCCCUGGGAAAAAUGGAGCUUAUGCCAUGUUUGCAGAGAGAGCAAGUGCCAGUGAUGCCAUAGCUACGCUACAUGGGAAAACUGUGAAUGAUGUGAAGUUGAAGGUGACACUGUCUGAUCUGCCCACAGAGGACUUUUCUAAACGCCAGCGGUUAUUCUGACCGGCCAGAACAGUUCCAUCAAGAUUGUUCAGUAUUUUGUAAUUUUUCCAUUACAUCAAGAAUUGUACCAGGGCCAUUCAGUACUUCGUGCUGUUUUUCUGCAAAACAGAGAACAUCAACAAAACUGUCUGCUGAAGACUGAAAAACCUUUUUCAAUAUAUGGAGCUAAGAAGUCUAGUUUUGUGAAAAUCCUUAUUUCUAAUUGAACUGUGGUUAUAACAUUUGUUGUGAACCAUUCAUCAUUCUUUGUUAUAAUAAUAACUGAUGAUCUGACAAUUUGAUGGAAAUUUAUGACAUUAUUUGAAGGUAUUAAUGGUACUGUUGGUUGUUUAGAUUGCUAUCUUGAAUAAACGGAGAGGCAGAUUUUUUAUGCAAGGAGUACAAAUUCAUGAUAUUCCACAAAUCUGACAAGGAGCACAAUGCUGGAAACCAUUGCUUCCAUGUGACAAACUUUUAACAUGAUUAAAUGUCUCUAAAAAAUGUGUUUUGCUAUCCUUUACAGCAAUAAGAGCCAUUGAGUGGUUCUAUAGGAUGUUAUGUGAUUGUUGGACAACAUUUUAGCUGUAUCUGCACUGCAUUUUUACAAUAUUCUAAUUUGUUCAAAUGACUGUAAUAAAGGAAUUCACAUGUAUGGUAAUAAUAGGAGUCAAAGGCCAACAACAAACAGAACCCUUGUUCUAGUGCCAUGAAGUAAAUGGAUGUCACUAACUGACCACAUGCUCUAGGGCUUGUAUCUUCCCAUUUGAUUCUUUCUGGUUACUACAGAAAUAAUCUGGCCCAGAAUUUUCGAAUAUUUCAGUUCGGCAUUUUUAUUCUCUCCAGCCUUUCUUCGUACCUUUUUUUUUUCAUUCUCUUCCUGCUUUCAGUUCUCUCUAUUUUGUUGCAUGUUGUCCUGGUAUCUUUGUUACAAUUAUUCUUUAAGUUGUGGCUUAUUUUGGAGGCAAACUAGAAAAGUCUUUGCACUAGAGAAGCCCAGUUGUCACGACUAGAGUUUGUGUCUUGUAUUAUCACUGACAUGCUAAUGAUUUUGGUCUGAUAAAGGGAGUACUAGCCAACACCCCCCAAAAAAGUCUUCCACCCACCCCAAAAAUCUGAGAGCCAUCAAGUUGAAGAGAGUAGCAUUAAGUUGUUUAUUAAGCCUAACUUUAUAGUUGCUAGUCCAUAGCAUUAUUGGGAAGCCUGGUCCAGUCCUAAAGUGUUCUUUUUCCAAGAUAGCUGAGAGCUGUAUGAUAAUAUUUGUUCUGUUUACCUCUGCAUGUUUGCCAAGAACAAUUAAACUUUUGUAAUAAUCAUUUGGUGUUAAUUCCAACAAAUAGCAAGAUCUCUUGAGGUCCUCACAGAACCAAUUUGUUGAUAGUUUUGGUCAACCAAAACCUCAAUCAGACUCUUGUAUUAUUUGCCCCUUUUAUUCUUUAUUUUGAGGUCAGCCAUUACACUUGAGGUCAGGGCACCCAUUUCUGCAGCCACCAUUAUUUCCUAUUCCAUUUCCUUCUUCCUGAAGAGACUCGAGGCCAACAGAGACAUCUAUGAGCACCACUACUGAAGAAGAAACAUCCACAAGGCUUCCUUUUCCACUGACAUUUUAUUCUUUUGGAUAAAUGUAGCUACAACGUACAAUGUAGCUGCAAUCCAAGAUAAGAACAGCUGCUCUGACCCAAAGGGUAGCCAUGUAACAGAUGCUCUAGUGGAGCUGGCCUAAACAAGCACCUUCCCUCAGGCCCAGCAUUGCAAGUGGACCUUUCAUGGCUGCAGGUGGUUGAAGAGCAGCAGCAAAAAUGUUUCACCUAAAAGAUGUAUGUGACUUUGGAGAUAAUUCUUGCACUUGUAACUUGUUAUAUUUGAGACUGUCUAUGGAGAUGACAUUGAAGUUCAGCAAAUAUAGAAGCAACAGCAAGGACUUCCACCAGGAUUGCCAGAUGGAAUCCAAGAUCUACAGGAACAGCUCUCUUAGCAGCUUUCAAUGACUUAAGAACAUCAGGAGCAGCUCCUCUCCAAGAACUGUGGCUAUGUUACACACGAAUAUAAAGACGAACACCUUUACAGCUGUGGCACCACAACAUGGACUCUCCUCCCACAGAGGUGCAACUGAAAUGAACACUCGCGUUGUUUUGACACCAGUUUGAACUAUUUCUAUUUGCCAAGCCAUUUGAAUUGGCUGCUUCAGCAUUUUUACUGCUUUUGUUUUGAUGACUUUUUUUGGAGUUGUGGGUUGAAUGAUACCUUAUUGUAUUAACCCUUGCUUCUGUACUUUACCCUUCUAUUUGUAAAUAUGAAAGGUAUUUUUAUAAUAUUGUAACAAGAUUGAUAACUUGGGGUGGGAGUGAGUCCUACCCAAUCUUCUUUUUUAUCUUGGGAGUUUGCCUUCCCUCAUACUAUGCUGUGGAGCACAGUGCAUGAAAUUGCCAGCUGUGCCCCUUGAAGUCUCUAGGAGAGCUUUGGAACCAAUAAUUUAUUUGCUUGGACAGUUCUCUAUAUUCCUGUGUAAGCACAGAGCCCAUAGAAGCAGAGCUUGAAGAACCAAAUACAGGUAAGCAGCCCAUCCCUUUUGUUGCAGGGGCAAUGCCAUCUCUCCUUCACUUGGUAGUUCAUUCAUUGUGUUACAAUGUGAAAUGUGCUGAUGGCAAUGACAAGUGUUGGAUAUCAGUAAUGGAAAUUGUCACUGGUAUCUUCUCUCUCCACUGUCUGUACCAUUGUAUAAAUACCUUUUAAGAAAAUAAAAUUUUCCACCUAGUUGAA